UGGGAGAUCUCAGCUCGCGUCUGCGCGGGUAGAAUCCAUCACGCUGCCCGUCUCCAGCACGCAGCAACGCGGUCCGACGCGAAGUCACGGGGUCUGCUUUCUUGAGCCGCGCUUAUGUAAGAUACAAAAAAAUUGUCAGAUGAGUUCGAGACAGAGAGAGAGAGAGAGGAGUUGACAGUCAGACAAGAUGAGACACCCGGUGCAGAAGCUGGCUUUUAAUAGAACUAACGGCAGACUGUAUCUUGCCGCGGGCGAGAAGCUGCAGGAGUUUGAUCCGACGACGGGGGUGCUUGUGCAGGAGUGGUCGACGGAGCUGAUCGCGGCCGAUGAGACGAAGGACGAGCAGCCAAAGAAGAAGAAGGCAAAGACUGAACAGGCGAAAGUCGUGCGGAAUGCGUUUCGGACGCUGAGUUGCUCGGAGGACGGGAGGUAUAUUGUCGGAAGCACUGAUGAGCUCAAGUCGUUGGUCGUUUUGAGCACGACGGAUCUUUCUCUGCAAUACUCCAGGAAAUUUCCCAAACGCCCGUCUGCGUUGGCAAUCACCGACAGCAACGAAACUCUGCUUCUCGGCGACAAAUUCGGCGACGUCUACUCCCUCCCGAUCGUGCCCUCUGCCGGCUCCAAACCAGGCCACUCCAAACUCUCGAGCGCGGAGAACGAGAGCGGGUACGAUAUCGAGCCGAUUUUCGGACACGUGUCGAUGCUCGUCGACUUGCUCGUCACGCCAGAGGUCGAGGGUGCGCGGUACGCGAUCUCGAGCGAUCGAGAUGAGCAUGUGCGGGUGACGCGGUACCCGGAGGCAUGUGUCAUUGAGCGAUUCUGUUUCGGGCAUAUGCAGUACGUUUCGCAGCUGCUGGUCCCGUCGUGGGCGCCGACUACGCUUUUGUCUGGCGGGGGAGAUGAUUUUCUCGCGCGAUGGAACUGGACUACGGGCGAGCUGGUGGAGAAGAUCGAGUUGGAGGCGUAUAUAGGUGCUGAGCCGAGCGAGGAGGAUAGUGAGUUUGAGGUUGCUGUUUCCGGAAUUUGGGAGAUUCCAGAGUUGAAGAUUGUGUUGGUGUUUGACGACAAUUCUAAAAAACUGCUCUCGUUCAAAAUCCCCGAAUCACAAUCCGAGCCAGCAAGAUUCCUAAGCUCAAAAAAAUACGAUUUAUUAGACGCAGCUGUUUCCGGUACCAACGGCGAAGCCUGGCUGACUGUCUACAACUCGAGCGAGAGUGAAGGCCCGGAGAUUAAGAAGAUCAAGGUGGACGAGUCUGGGGUGAUUACGGAGAUUGAGGAGGCGCUCGCGAAAAAGAUAAGCGAGACGGCGUCGUUUGAGAUUGCAUCGAGGGCGGAUGUGUUGGCUUUGCAUCCGGUUUCUUUGCUACGGAAGCAUGCGGAGCAUUAGUGUAUAUUAGUAGUAGUGGUUGUAUAUAGAGUAAUAUACAGAUGGUGAGAUCUAUGCGCUGCCAACAAUGAUACUCUCAUGACCAAGUUGCAGGAUCCAUUACUUUUCUACAGAAACAUACGGAGCAUUAAUGUAUAUUAGUG